CUUUUUCACUCUAUAUAAUGUUAUCAGAUCAACUUACAGUGAAGCAAGGUCCUCUUUCUCGUAUCUGGAUGGCCUCCCAUUGGGAACGAAAAAUAUCCAAAGCUCAGUUUUUACAUACCAAUCUUAAUACUGCUAUAGAUUAUAUUUCCAACAAUCAAACACAGGAACCUAUUGCUCUUCGUAUUUCUGGUCAACUUUUAUUAGGUGUUGUUCGUAUUCAUUCUCGAAAAACUCGAUACCUUUUAGAAGACUGUAAUGGUGCUCUAUCAAAAAUCAAAACGGCAUUCAAACAAGGAAAUGUUAACAUGGCAGAAACAGCCAAUUUGAAAGCCAAUAUGGAUUCCAUCACUUUACCUGAACGGUUAGAUGACUUUGAUCUUCUUUUACCUGAUACUCCAUGGAUAAGCGAGCUCAAUGGACGUGAUCCUCUUCUUGAUAAUCUUCUUACUCAAGAUAUCACUUUAAUGGAUACUCAAGAUACUUUUCUCUCUUUCAAUGAAGCUAUUGAACAAGGACGACUUUUGGAUCAAGCAGAACAUCAGCAUAUCGGUGAUUUUGGUACAGGACAAAUGAAUGAAAUUGAAAUGGCACGUCGUGACAAUGAACCUGAACUUAUUGAUCGUUCGUUUUCUGCUGAUUUGAAUGAUGGACCACUCAACAAGCUUGAACAGUUGGAUAUUAAUAAACAAGGUGAUACACCAAUGGAUCAGGAUGGACUAGACUUCGAUUUCGAUUUUGGUGAUGAUGAAGGCAAUAACAAUACAAACAUUCGGGAUCAAACACCUCUUCCUGAAUUUCAUUUACCAUCACAUGCUGCUGAUCAUAUGGAUAGUUCAAUAGAUACAUUGAUGCAAACAGGUAUUGUUCCUGUAUCGAACUCUGAUCAUAUUGUUUUUGGUAUGGAUGAUGAUUCAAAUAUUCAACAAGAACAAACUACACGUAGACGACGAAGAUUGGUAGUGGAUAAAGUGACUGAAAUCCCUCACGAAGAAUUGAAAAGAUACAUGCAAGAUACCUCAUCUAUUGUCAACAAGCCCAUCAAUGAAAACGCAUCCUCUAAUCAAACCAUGUCUAAGAAAAUAGACUUGAGGGUACCUUCUACAUGUAUUCAAGGCUCAGAAAUUGAAAACAUAGUGACUCGAUGGAAUCGUAAACAUCACACUUCAUUAAUCAACGACAAUAAUAUAUGGGAUGCUUCUUUGGAUGAUAUACGACCUGCAACAACACCUUACAAUGACACAACUACAGCUCUUGGUAAUGAUGAUGGAAUGGACUUUGACUUUGGAUUCAAUGAUGAUGCUGAUAUGGCAAUGGACCAGGCCAAUGUAUUUGAUACUGGGAUUUCAUUUUCUUUGAACGAGGACGAUUUGAUCGAUUCUCAAGCUUACGAAAAUUCCAUGACACAACAAUCCACUUUUGGUGCUCGUACAAAGGAAACUAUCGAUACAUUACAACAAAAGUUCCAAGGACAAAAAUCAAUUACAUUUGAUGAAUUAGCAGACAAAUCAACAUCCAAAAAAUCAGAUGCAGCAAGACUCUUUUUUGAUGUCUUAUUAUUGACCUCCAAGAAUGUGAUCAAAGUGAAUCAAGCCGAAGCGUAUGGUCCUAUUCAAAUCCGCCAAUAGUUUAGUAUAUUUUCUUUUUUUUUUUUUAUAUAUAUUAUAUAUAUAUCAAUAAAAA